AUGAACGAUCCUCUUCGCUCAGGGCUUCAGCCGAUUUCCCACCUCAAGGCUGGGGCGACAACCUCCAGCUCCAGAUCCACUGCGCUGCCCUCCGCGACGACACUGCAGCCUCCUUCGCGUCCGUCCUCUCGACUCCGAACGAAAAAGACCAACAAGGAUGAAUCAGUGGAUGCGACGAGUGACCGGGCGACGAAUGCCCUGAUCCGACGCGUCCUAUGUCCCCAGACAAGCAGCUAUGGGGCAUCCUCUCCACAGCCUCCGGAAGAGCUGUUACCUCCCCUCACAAGCUCCAACGACGUUGACCGUCAGCUGUACGCCCUAAUCGCUAUAAUAAUUAAAGAGUUCGUUUAUUCGUGGUACUCGAAAAUCACCCCCGACCAAGCUUUGGUGAAUGAAGUGCUACAAGUCAUCGCUCAUUGUACACGUGCUUUGGAGCAAAGACUACGCCAAAUCGAUGUUGCCCAACUAGCCCUGGAUGAGAUCCCCGGACUGGUGGAAGCACAUGUACUCUCGUACAGACUGGCCAGGCAACGGUCGCAUCUCUCAGGACUACAGACGUCGCACCGUGCACUCUAUCAUGAGCUAAAUCCACAUCCUGGUCUUUCUCCGGUGCCUGAUCCAACAGACCCAGAUACGAUUGCGGAGCAGAGUGAGAACGAAACAGUGUAUCGGCAGCUCUUAGCCAACAGUGCCCUGGCAGUUCUCCUUCCAACCGAGGAUCUGGAGAACAGCAGUGUGCGAGCGCUGGUCGUCGAUGUCAUCGCAGACCUGAUCCUCGGAAAUCAAAUCAGUGGUAGAGCAUGCGAAGGGUGGUUCAUUUGGGAAACUGUAACCAAACUCGCCGCGAGAGUGGGACAACGUCAAACCUCAGAGGAUGCAAAGUCGGCCCCGGACUCUCAAAUCAACCGAUUAGAGAAAUUUGGCUUGCUACCAAAAAAAGACGAGUCCGCGAAUCAGCCAUCGGCGUCAUUCUCAGCCACAGCCUGGAUAUGGAACGUUCUGCAGAGCAUUUAUCUUGGUUACGUUGCUUUGCGUUUCAUUUUCAUAGGUCUGUUCCGUGUCGUAUCGAGUCCAGGCCCGUCCUCGCACGGUUUCAAUGUUUCAGUCGCCUCUUCACCCAUUAAUCAAAAGAUAGAUGGAACGGGACCAGACAGCGUCACGGGGAAGCGCCCGGUUCUCGACUAUCGGGUGUAUUCCAUGGCUUCAGAGACUCUGGGGAUUCCCUGGAGGAUGCCAUGGCUGAGUGGGCUGUUCGCUUUGUCCCAGCAUUUGAUUCUGGCAGGCCCAGGCAGGGUUGGUGGUACCAACGGAGUCCUUGAUAGAUUCCUUCGGGAAACCAUUGAGGAGUACGUGCUGACCCCCACUUUGUUGCCCAACCUUCUUCUUGCGACAAGGACCGCCUUGUUCCCAGCCAAUACCCGCCCGUCAUCUCAAGUAGUCGUGAGUAUUGGAAUUCCGGCUUCGGCUCCGCCACAGGCCCCGGCCACCAGUCAGAAAGCCCUCGCAACCACGGCCUCACUUGGUACUCCAAUUACAGAAGGAGUUAGGGGACCUGCAACAAGCGAUACCAUUGGUAAAUACAUUAAUCCCGAAAGUAACAGCAAUAGUGGCGGCAGUGGCGGGGGUCCAACCUCAACAACGACAGCAUCAGCCCGCCCAGCGUCACUUUCUUCCAUUGCAGCCGAUGCCCCAACAACAACAUCAACACACGUGCCCGCUGAGCCGGAGAAAAGGAAUGGCCCAUCCGAUACGGAGAUCGCUGCUAUCAAGCGGCGAUGUGCAGCUAGUCUCCUGGCCGUAAUUCCGCGCAGCAUCGCACGAACCUUCUUUGGUGUUUCCUCGUCGGCGCCUCCGCCCUGUAGCGGUGAUCGUACCUGCAGCACCAACAGUUCACCUUCCCUUGCCACGGCCUCUUCCUCCCCACCUCUUUCCACAGCGGACGGUGGGGACAGCCAGUCCCCACCUGCGUCGCAGGGGAAGGUAUCAACCCUGUCGUCAUCGCUUUCGCAUUCGGCUUCAUCUCCAGCUUUGCCUGGUGGGAGUGGUUACCUUGCCGCUGAGCGGCUGCGCACAGAUGACCAGCCGGAUGGGAUUGAUCUCGAGGAAGAGUACAUCCUGGAUACGAUCGAGAAUGAUAUCCUUGACGUCUUCGCGGAUGCAUACUGCAACAAACAUCUGAUCUAUUCCAUUAUUGAGACCGUGCUGGCUAAGGUCCUCCCUGAGAUAUCUGAGCACAGCGUGGAAGAUCUACUGGAGGACCGUGGGGUGGCGCCAGUACCACCUGCAUUCUAUUGCUAG